AUGGGAACUUCUGUUAAAAUUGGUUGGCAAGUUGGCAACAUUGGAAUAAUAUAUUGAUAUGGGGAUUGUGAUUUGUGAUAGGGAUUGGUAUUGGUAGUUUUUUCAUAUGGUUUAGGUUUAUUUGUGCUAUUUUUUAAAACUAGUAAUUAAUGGUUAAUCUUGUAGUGUAUUAAUGAUUAAAUAAUUAGAACUAUAACAUUGUGAUAUUUUUAUUCUUAAACAAUAAGGUUAAACAAACAAAGUUAAAAUGAGAGUGUCUUUAAUAUUAAGGGCUGUCAACAAGGAGGGUCUAAGUAAUUUGAAAAAAAUAAUGGAUAAUGCCUUAGCGGAAGCGCCUCAGUAUUUAUUAAAAGUAAAAAAAGAUCAGCAACAAAUAGUAUUCGAUAAAAUUAAGCACCUAAAUAGAUGGUAUACUAAAAUUAUUGGACUGGAUGAAGUUAAGGUCUACCAAGAAAGAGUCACCGCUUUGCAGGACCAACUUUUAAAAACUCAAACUAAACGAAGGGAACUAAAUACACAUCUAACAGAAAUUAGGCAAAAAGCUCUGGAAAUACAGAGCCAAAUUCAACACAUUGAUCGAAAGGAAAAGUUUGAUGCAUAUUGUCAUUUAAUCAAUGAUGAAAGGACGAUAUUAAAUAUGGAACGUACAGCAAAUGCAACAUUCAAAGAAUAUGAUCAGGCUGAAAGAGAAUUAUUUACAGCAUUUACAAAUGCCGUACGGGAUUCCCAGGAGAAGCAGAGGUCACAAUUGGAGUAUAGCAAAUACAUCACUAUGGUACUGAGUCUUGUGGGUUCUUUCAUAGCUUUUCUUUUCACAUUUUUUUGGAAGCACGAUUUAAAAUUGUACAUACACAAUGAGGUGUCGUCUAUAAAACCAUCAAUACCAACGGACGUCCUAGUUCAAAAGGAGAUGAAGAAGUUUGAAGAUCAAUUAAAUGUCGCUACAAAUCGUAUACAGUCCAUUAAUGAAACAUAUUUCGGCCAAAUUGCCAAACAACGUAACAUUCCUGUGGCGGAUAUGGGCAAAGUUCCCGAUCAAACUCCGAUUGCAUCGUACGUUGUGGCUGGAUUUGUAGGUUAUAUAAUAUUAAGGCUACUAGUUGGAUAGAAGGAAUAAAUACCAUUGAGUAUUUAGUUGUUUAAAUAUAUAGUGUUACAAAAACUGCUUGGUUUUAUUAGGUCCAUUUGCACCGCCAGUCAUUAUGAAAUAAGCCAAGCCCUAACUGACAUUUUUCCAUUAACAAUGUCACUUUAAGCUUCGUUUAGUUCUUAACGACUAGCGGUGAAAAUGGCCAUUAGUCUGCUGAAUAUAAACCUAUUUCACGUCAUACAGAUUCCAAAAAAUCAUUUAGAAAAAUGCGUUUUACGAAAAAUAUAUAAUAGGUGCCUAGUCACAAUCGGCCAUCAUGGGCGAGUACCCUCAUGUGGAGCAACGAAAGAGGUACCAGUAGUCCUGUGUCAGUGUGUAAAAGCCGGCCUAGAAGAGAGGGUAAUAGCAUACUCUCUAGAUGAAGCUACAUUGACGGCUAAAGCAGCAGGAGAUAACCACAACAGAUCUGAAAAGGUCAAUAUAGAGAGGCAACAUGGCCCAUCAUCCUGAUUAAAUCUAAAUCGUGAGGAAGACCUAUUUGCCGGUGAUAAAUGGCAGUGAUCAUCGAUAAUCGAUGAGAACAAGGCGUGUACUAUAAUUGAAAUAUCAAACGAACUUAAGUAUCUUAAUUAUAUUAAACGCCUUGUUGGAGAUGAUCGAACCCAUCCCACACAUAUAACCCAAGAUCAUCUCCAAAAUUUUUAAGAGUUUAAUGUUUUUGGUAUAUGACGUCAAAAAAGAACGACUGACUACGGUUUAGAAUCGAUAAGACAAGAGCUCUGUGCAUUCGCUAUCGAGCAAGUGCUUGAGGGGAUAACGGAGCACUGGUGGGAGUUAAGCACCGUUAAAAAAGAACGUCCAUUUAUAGUCAGGAACAGCUCUAGUACUGCUUGCGAGUAACCCAAAAGACUGAUAAAAGUAUAGAGCCGAGGACUGGUGCGACCAGUUAUUUUGGAACUUUCUAAAUACUGAGAGUACUUUAAAAUACGUCGCCACAGGGGUUCAUAUACUCGAGUUCAAACUUCAGUUCAGGUAAGUUCGUUUGAUCUUUUAAAAUUCUAGCACAAAAUCGCCACAACAAAAUGCCAGUACCCUGAGAUACGACAGUGGUGUAGAUAAAACAAUGGUUUUCUAUUUCCCUUUAGCGCUAAAUUUGAAAAUCCAAAAUGGGUCGACAAUUAUUAAAAAUUACUGCUUAUAUUUCUAUUUGUGUGUAUUUGUGCUAUUAAAUUCCAUAUGACCUCCCUGGACAUUUGACCAGCAGCCGCCACUGUUUAGCAGACAAAUGCAUAAAGUUUCUUCAUUCUAUUCCUUUUCAGCUUAUCUUUGCUCGUUUUACUGGAAAAACGAUUUAAAAAAAUACAUGCGCGAUCUGGUUGCUUCUAUAAGACCAGUACCGAUAAACGAAGUUCAAAAGGAUAUAAAAAAGUUUGAAGAUCAAUUGAGUACUGUUACAAAUCGCAUUAACGAAAUAUAUUUCAUGGAACUUGAAAAACAAAAUGAAGUUUCUGUUUUUAGAUUAGUUGUGACCGGACUCGGCCUUGGACUGUGUUGUGUGGUGUUAUGCGAAAUAGUAUUUGGAUGAAAAGAAAAGUAUUUGUGAAGAUUUUAAUAAAAUAAAUUGUAUAUUACAAAAAGUACUUGGUUUUAUUACGCAGAUGUUCUAAAUGUGAUUCAAACUUUUUAAGCAUGCGCAUUUUAAACAACCAGUAUUAUUACUGUCACGAGAAAACAAGAUUUUUACCUCAUUGAACUCCCCACCAGUGGAACGCUACACGA